AACCCACUCAAGGCAAAGCCCCGGAUGUACACAAAGUCUAGCUCCGCCCCUGGGUAAAGAGAGUCCUAUAACGAAACUGUGCGGAUGUGUGGAGUUUAAUCUGUGUGGAGCUGAUCUCGACCCACCGUUGAUUUGGAGGAUCGCUGCCGAAAGAGGGACGUUGACCUGGGUGUUCAUUGCUACAUCAUGGAGGAGCAUAAGAUGGCCAACAGGGAUCCCAAGAUGAAGCAGCAGCGGGCCACCAUGACGAGGAGAAGGAGGAUGGCAAUCAUGCAGGGCAGGGUCAUGCCUGGGGGCCCCAGGGCCGGAGGCAGCAUGGUGGGGCAGACGGCGGGCCAGCAGCCCCCACAGCAGGCCCAGAGGAUGCUGGUUCCUCAGCAGCCCGGCAACAUCGCGCCCAACGCCCUCCAGGACCUCCUCCGCACGCUCAGGUCUCCCAGCUCACCCCAGCAGCAGCAGCAAGUCCUCAACAUCCUGAGGUCACACCCCCCUCUCAUGGCAGCUUUCAUCAAGCAGAGAGCGGCCAAGUACCAGUUGCAGCAGGCCCAGGCGGCCCCUCCCCCAGCAGAACAGCUGGUAGCUUCACCUGAUUCUGGCUCUCCCUGAUGGGGACCGUUUGUCUGGCUUUUGUUCGCUCUGGGUUUGGAUAUUACCUCUAUUACCGGGAUUUCAUUAGGUUGUGACCAUAUUGGUCAAGUUGGAAAGCUUGAGAUUGAGCCCCUCCCAAUGAGUCGGGGGGGGGGGGGGGGGGGGGGGG